GAUAGUGCUCUGAAGGAAGCAAAGCUUUUGAAGGAGGUGAACAGCUUGUCAGAGAAGAACCUCCAGCUUAGGAACAAGCUGGAGGAGACCGAACGCAGAUGUAAAACACAACAGGAGCAGAUCUUUGAGCUGAAGCAGGAACUCACAAACACCACUGCUGAACUAAAGCUGCGUCUCGCCCAAACCGAAGAAAGGCUGGAAAUGGAGAAGAGAAGAUCCAAGCAGGCACUUGAAGACAUGGACAGUUUACGACAGAAGGAGGUGGAUCAUCUGACAAGACACCAGGAGGAGAGUGAGAGAGCUCUUCAAGAACGCACCCUCAAACUUGAAGGACAGCGGAUCCAAUUAGAAGAAGAGCUGAGCAGAGUGAAAGCGUCUCUAGUGACUGAGAGAGCUCAGGCUGAGGAGGAGCUUGGGAAAGUGCGUGCCCAAGUGCGACUGGAGGAGCAGCAGCACCUGACCAGCCUGGAGGAGAAACUGCGAGCGGUUCGUCAGUCUCGGGAUGAAUCGCAGAACCACUGCACCCAUCAGAAACAGACCAUCGCUGAGCUGCAUGCCAAAGUGGGCCAGCAAAGCAUCGAGAUGGACACGCUCCGCCGCAGGAUAGACGAGUUACAGCAGGUACAGGAUCCAAAUGCAGUCACUCAGGGAGUGCUUCCAGUGCUAUUUCACUAUCAUGGAGAUACUA